CUAACACUGAGCAGUCUCUGCUUUCUCUAUUAAUAUUAAUGGUUCAAAUUAUUAUAGAUUAUUUAGUAUUUUAGCAUGAUUUCAUAUAGUUACGCGGAAAAGACUUUGGCUGGAGUUCUUGUAAUUAUCGCAAAAUAAAUUAAAAAAAUCAACAGACAUUUACACGUCAAGUUGGAAACUUGGAAACAUUCUUUUUCGGAUUUGCCAGAAGAACGCCGUGUUCGAACGUGUACCGUCGGUUAGGCUACUGUUGUACAUUUGUAACUACGAUUUUUCUUUCAUGCUGUCAUCUAAAAUAUUCUUCAAUAAGUCGAAAUAAUAGAAUCUACUAAAAUGCAUGCAGAUAAUGGAUGUUUGUCCUCAUUGUCCACAACUCUUGAAUUCAUCAAGACGGAUUAUUUUCUGUGAAUUGCGUAAUUAUUAUUAUUAUUUGCACAUUUUAUGGCAUCUCAAGAGAACUUGGUCGCUCACGUUUUACGCGAAAUAUAUAGCCUUACAUUUCCAACCCUUAUGAAGCUGAUGUAAAAUGCUUUCUGGUUUUUAUUGUGCAUCGAGAAAUCAAGUCAGUUUGAAAACAUUAAUGAGGUAAUUUAGCACGCGAACAUGAACACAACAAUGGAGCACACUGGGGUCGAAGAAGUCAACCAGACUCAUCAACAACACGAGCCUAUUAGCUUUGGGAUUGAUCAGAUUUUGAAUAGCACGGACCAGGCCACCAGCUGCAUGCUGCCGAACCGGACCAGCGACGCGGAUUACCAGCUGGCCUCCAACGUCUAUUCUAAUGGCUACAAUAGUGUGUACAACCCCGCUUGCUCUAUGGCUGCCGGACUCGCGGGUUCUUACAAUGUCAACAUGAACAUGAAUGUGAGCAUGAAUAUGAACGUAAAUGUAAACUCUGGUAAUGCUGGUGGGGUUAUUCGGGUUCCUGCCCACAGACCGAUGCCUCCAACCCCUCACCCAGCUCCUUCCACUCAUCCAGCGGGCAUCUCGGCUGGCAUGCCCACCGUGCCAACAGUGUCAACCAUGGGGAACUUUACUUUUCCCUGGAUGGAAAGCAGUAGGCGAUUUGCAAAAGACAGACUGACAGCGGAGCAGGCAGUGGACGGACCAGUGGGAGGCCCGUGCGGCAGGGCGGGACACCCCUCCCUGGCCGCCCUCCGCCCUGUUCCAGAGGGGGAGAUCAGCGGGGCCCCCGUCUGGAGCUCCGUGGAAGCGCUAGCCAAACACUGUUACCCCGAUCUCGCCCUGCUGCGAGAGGCUAGUCCGCUCCUGGACUACCCAUUUCUCAAGGGCGCUUGCCCAGCGGCCUUGUCUCCAUUCUCGGUGACCCGGCGGAUCGGACACCCUUAUCAGAACCGGACGCCCCCAAAGAGGAAAAAGCCCCGUACCUCCUUCAGUCGAGUGCAGAUCUGCGAGCUGGAAAAGCGCUUCCAUCGGCAAAAGUACCUGGCGUCGGCCGAACGUGCCACCCUGGCCAAGACACUGAAGAUGACCGAUGCCCAGGUCAAAACCUGGUUCCAGAACAGGAGAACGAAAUGGAGGAGGCAGACGGCUGAGGAGCGGGAGGCAGAGAGACAACAGGCCAAUCGUCUGAUGCUACAGCUCCAGCAGGAGGCCUUCCAGAAGACUCUGAACCAGCCCCUGCAGCAGGAUCCACUCUGUCUGCACAACUCCUCACUAUAUGCCCUCCAGAACCUGCAGCCCUGGGCAGAAGACAACAAGCUGUCUGUCUAACAGAAGGAGGAGCUAAUCUGCAGAUGUCUGUCUAACAGAGGGCGGAGCUAAUCAUCAGAUGUCAGUCUAACAGAGGGUGGAACUAAUCUUCAACUGUCUGUCUAACAGAGGGUGGAGCUAAUCUUCAAAGAUCUUUCAGAGGGUGGAGCAUAUGACAGGACCAGUCAUGGAUCCUGACUGUCAGUCAUCGUUAGCCCACAGGCUACACUUCAGCUUCAAUGUGGCUAAAUAUUCUUUUGUUUUCAUAUGCAUAUGACUUCACUUGAAUGCAUGUUCCAAAUGUGUCUGUGUGUGCACUUUUGGGAUUUCCCUCCGAGGCAGAGACUUUAAACCUCAUUUUUUUUUUGUUGUCAGUUUGGUCUAGAGGCAGCUGUGUCCUUUUCUACCAUGUCAUGUCAGACUGACCACAACUUCCUAUUUAAUGUGCUUUAUAUUAAAUGUCAUUUUGACUUGACAUUGCUUCAAGUGUUAUCAAAUAGCCUUGAUUUUUUUGGCAUUUAUCAUUUAUACCCCUCAUGUCUCACUGUAGACUCUGGUAUUUACAUGUGCCAACAGUUGAAAGGAUAUUGAGCAAUGGUGGCUUGACGGGAUAGGCCAGCUAUGCAUCAAUAUGUUGAGACGGGCUGGCCUGAAAGUAAGAGAGCCACACCAGGUGAGUUUAGUUAAAAAAAGGCCCCAGGAACUUCAUGGAUAGGAGCCACCCGUCGAACCGUUUACAUGUCUCCACGUCAUGGGUCAUAAGCCCAAGUCAGAUUUGUGGAAACACGGCCUUCGCUGAUCUCAGGGCUCUUGGUGCAAUGUGGAGAGACACGAGAGCUUGUCACUUUCCAGGUGAGCAUGGGAAAAGAACAAAACUUGCCAUUCGGGACAUCCCAAAAACAGUGACGUCCAGCUAAAUCUCUCCCGGGGAAGGGGAGGAGGCGUUGAGUCACGGAGUUGCGCCCCCCAUGGUUCAUGGAUGCAUAAAUGAGGCAUCAAACUCUAAUCAAGGCAGUGGAGAAGGUGUGCGCGGAUUGACUUGGAUCUGAAAAAUGUGGGCGGAUGUGUGGGCGGAACAAUGGCCAAUGCCCUUUUCGGCUGGGCAACGCGUCAAUUACGCUUCAAACGAGAGUUCGGUAAAGGUGCAGAUGAGGGCAUAUCUGAAAAGUGACAAGAUAAAGAUCAGCAACGACAGCUUUUGAAAUACAGAAUUGUAUGGCGCAAGACAUUGAAUCAUGUCUUUUAAAUGAAUGCUUUUUUUUUCUUUUCUUUUUUUAUAUUACCACUUCCCUCCCUGCCAAUUGUCUUGAACUUCCAGCAGUUAAGACGAUGUCAAUCCAUCAAAGUACUGGAAGUUUUACAGUUUUGUCUGCCAUCA